UUCGUUAAUACAUUAAAGAUAGAUUAUUAUUCUUGGUCGAUAAAGUGAUUUUUUUGGCCAACAUGUAAGCAAAAAUAUCUACUUGCACUAAUCAUCAUAGAGGUCAUAAACUUUACACUCAAGAGAUAAAAUUAGUCUGUUACCUAACACGAUAAGCGAUUCUUUAUCAUUCAUAGUUCAUACCAGUGACGCGGGCGUUCUGCCAGUUGUUUUUAUUUACUUCAUAUGUUCAAUAAAUUGAAUUCAGCACACUCAGUUAAAUUUAACUAAGUAGUUCUGUUUUUGUGUGUGUUUUUUAAAGAAAAGGUUUGAAACCCUAAACCGAAAUGUCUGCCCGCAAGCCUAUCACGAAGAAGGUCAUAAACACAACAGAGAGGUGUGUCGAUGACAACCUGCGUGGGGUGGUGGCGCUCUACCCCAGUCUGCAUCUACACCCUAAACACCGGGUGAUCACUUUACGGAGGAAGACUGAUUCGGGAAGAGUGGCAGUCCUCAGCGGUGGAGGUUCUGGACAUGAGCCGUUCGCGGCGGGUUUUGUUGGCGAAGGCAUGCUGUCGGGAGCAGUGGCCGGUGGCGUGUUCGCGUCUCCACCGACCGCCAACGUGCUGUACGCGAUCACACAUCUCUACAAAUAUAAUUCAGGUGGUGUAUUAGUGCUUUGCGGAAACUACACUGGAGACAGAUUGAAUUUUGGAAAAGCAACAGAAAAAGCAAAAAUUUCGGGAAUCAAAACGGAGCUAGUUUUCGUGGGCGAAGACGUUGCCUCGAGCCACAAUAAGACUGGCGGAAGAGGAAUGUGUGGAGAAGUGUUCUUAUUCAAGAUGCUCGGCGCGAUGUCAGCUAAGGGUUACGGUUUGCCUGCAAUGCACAACGCUCUUGUGGAGGUAACGAAGAACUUGGCGACUCUUGGAGUAUGCUUCAGCGCUUGUUCCUUACCAGGGCAGCCACCUUUAUUUGAGAUAGCACCAGACGAGAUGGAGUUAGGGGCUGGCGUUCAUGGGGAAGCAGGCAUAGAGAAAUUAAAGAUGGGCACAGCUAAAGAAAUUGUGGCGCUAAUUCUGGGAAAGAUCAUAGCUCAUCUCAAGCUCACCGCAGGUAGUAGGGUGGCGGUAAUGAUAAACAACAUGGGAGGCACCUCACUCAUGGAAAUUAAUAUUAUCGCAGCUGAAAUCAAGGAUUACUUAGAUCUGAAGCAAAUCAAAGCCGAAAGAAUGAUCUCAGGCCACCUCAAGACCUCCUUGGAAAUGCAGGGGUUCCAGAUCUGCCUGCUGCACUUGAACAAGGAGCAUGGAGAUCUUUGGUUGCAACUACUGGAUGCUCCCACGGAGGCAAUCGGCUGGACUGGAGGGGUGAUGUCUGUGAAGCACGGUGAUGGAUCGCAUGGGGAUGAUGAUACUCUGCUGCAAGUCCAUGGAACAAAGACAGCUACCGGUCCCUCUCUAUCGGUGAAAGAGCAAGAGAUCCUACGUGUUAGUUUGCAAGCGGCCGCGGAAGAGUUGGUGAGGAAUGAGCAACUGCUCAAUAGAUUGGACUCAGGGUGUGGCGAUGGGGAUUGUGGGAUCACGUUGAAGAAAUUCGGGAAAGCGGUAUUAUCAUACCUAGAAACAGCCUCUUUCCAAUACCCAUCGAGUGUCGUGUGGGAGUUGUCAGAGAUGGCUGAAACGGAUAUGGGGGGUACAUCUGGAGGGAUUUACAGCUUAGGACUCGCUGCAGCAUCUCUAGCUAUAGCUAAGUCUACCUCAAAUGAUAGAAGAACUUGGUUAUCAGCGUGGGAGAGUGCAAUGCAAGCCAUCACUAAGUAUGGGGGAGCAGAACCGGGAGACAGAACUAUGCUCGAUACAUUACAUUCAGCGGCGUUAGUGUACAAAGAAAACUUGAAGGCUGAUCUCAAAACUGCUUUGAAGAAGACCGUGGAAGCUGCCGAGAAAGGUUCUAAAGCCACCGCUACCAUGACUGCUAGGGCUGGUCGAGCCUCGUACGUAGCGAGCGGGUACGUCACCGACGAAGACGCGGGCGCGCGGGCCGUCGCUGUAUGGCUGCACGCGAUGUUAGACCAUAUCGCUGAUAAAUAUUAAGUUCAUAUUCCUCUGUAUGUCUCUAUUAACAUCGAGUCAAUCAAAGGAAAGAAAAUGACAAUAUCAAGAUCACCAAAAUCAGAAGAUGUCUUAAUGCCGGAUCGCAUUACAGCGUCUCGUCGUUUCGCGUCAAUGUCGCGUCUAUAGACCGUUCACUAUUACUUGAUUGAAUUUAUUUUGACGCUUUGCACAGCGCCACUGUAAUGCAAUUCGGCCUUUAAACUUAACGUCACGACAUUAAUAGACCAUGGGCAAAAAUGCCUGGUCUUAUAAUUCCUCAAAAGAGUUCAAACCUAUGCCAUACGAAAGCUUUUUAGGUACAAUUUAUUUCAUACUAUGAUGGCUAAGUCGUAAUCGAGCGCGAACAUAGUUUUUUAGAUGGUUUUCCAAAGGAAAUAGACAAUUUCUAACAAUAUAUUUAAUCAUCACAAUAUUUAACAAUAAUUAAUUGCUCUACAAUCACCGAGUUAGUAAAAUAUUAUUAUCAUUACAUCCAUACAUACAUACACCAUAUUUGUAACAACAUUGACAAUUUAGUUAAGGUAUGUGAUUCGCAAAACAAGUAGUCCAAUCUGAAGUUGCAACAUGGUUUGCGCAGGUCAUACACUAAAUACACAAGCCCGGCUGAGAUCUGUUUUUGUACAAUGCGCAGUCAUACGCCUCGUAUUCAGAUGGGACUACAAUCUGUUUUUCAUUAACCGACUUAAUAAGUAAACAAGUAGCUUCUUUCUGAAAUAUCUAAGAGAAGCACUUAUACGCGGCCCAUACGACCUUGUUAGCGCGAACUGACAAUAAAAUUGUGAUACGAGUGAAACCUAACUCUAAAAGGUCCAAAGCGCCGAGCAAAUUGCGUCGCUUACUCGUUAGUCCGAGAUGGUUUCUGCAAUUUGUUUAUCUUUUAAGUCAAAUAAGGAAAAAUAAAGUAUACUAGUUUUAUACUGCACUAUGUACUUUGUUCUAAGGACUCUUGGGCCCUAGAUCUGAUUAGAAUCCGAGAAAAUACGGCUCGAAAUGGUCUUAGUCCGUUUUUCAUGAGAUCGCUUAAAAAGUAAACAAUCGCGAAAACCUCGGAAAAAACGCGUAACGACGCCAUUAGCCCGGCGCUUUAGACCUCCUGGAGUUUUUUUUUUUUUUUUAAAGAAUAUUAGCCAUGUUAAAUGACUAAUAUUCCCCUUUCGUCUCCAACUAAUCGUCAGGCUUGUGCUAGGAGUAGGUACGACACUAGUGCAACGGGCGGGGUUUGAACCGUCGACCUAUCGGUUUUCAGUCCACUCCUUUACCGGUUGAGCUAUUGAGGCUCUAAUUAUCUAGUUUUUCACUCGUAUCAUGAUUUCAGUUCGCUGUAACAACGUCGUAUGUGCCGCGUAUGUGCGUCUCUUACACAUUAUAGCAAAAAGCUACUUGGUCACGUGAUCCAAGAAAUAUUGCCAUGGCCAUGGUAGCACUUGCCACCAUUGCCAUCUUUGUCGAGUCUCUUUAGUGUUGGUGUGAAUAUUAUCAAAAUACCUGUAUGACAGAUUUGUAUAAAUUAUUUUAUGGCAUUCAAUAAAGAUCAAAACUAA